UGUCAGAUUAUUAUUUUUAUAAACAAGAAGAGAAGCUUAAAUCUAAUAGAAAAUCGAUUAAAUUUAUAUCAGAUACAGAAGAUACAAAUUCUCAUCCUUAAUUAAGAAAUGCAUAACGGUUUUUGUAAUUAUGUAAUUAUAGAAAGUCAGUCGUAAACCUAAGAUAAUUAAAGAAUUAAUUUAGCUUCCUUAACCAUAAAUUCAAUAUGUUUCUUCUGUAUUUAUUCAGAAUAUUUCGAGUUUGUACCUGAACCCAUUGCAAUACCAGAGGCUAUUAAAAAUAUUGAUAAAAAAAUAUAGGCAUAUCGUAAAUUAAUGGAAUUAUCAAAAAAAUAAAAAGAAUUAUAGGAAUCAUUAAUAAAUAUAGAAGAAGAUGGAUUUGUUUAAAAAUAAAUGGUUGAUUUUUUGACCAAUCCAAAUAUACAAUUAUAAAAUUAAUAAGAUAAUGAUAAUGAAGAAAAAUAAAAUUCAGUUUAAAAAAGUGAAGAUGAGAAAUAUAAAAAUUAACCAGAUACAUCUUAAUAAGAAAGUUUUAAGGCUCCUAGAAAAUAAUACUAUUCUGAAUCUGUAAAAAAUCGAGAUAGUAUAUAUGAUAAUAUGAUUGAACGACUCUACCAAAAAAGAUAAAAUCCAGCUAUGUUUGCAGUAAUAAUUAAAUAUUUUAAUAAUAAUUAGAAACUUAAGAAAAAACCUCCUGUUUUGAAUAUAACAUCAAAAAAUAAAAUAUAAUCAGGAAGUGGAAGGAUGGAUAUAGAAGAACAUAAAUUAAGAGUUUAUAAUAGAGAGAAUGUUCCAACUAUGCCAGAAUUAAUAAUUCCAACUUUUAUGAUUAAAAAAGAUUCCAUGGCAAAAAAUAUACUUGCAUAUUUAGUAUUUAUAUUGAUUUAGUUUAUAGAAAGAUUAUUCACCAAUUUAUAGAUAAUAGAAUCAUAAUGAAUAUCCAAAAUGUGUAUAAAAUAUUUUAGAAGAAGAGGAAGAUGGUAAAAACAAUUAAAAAAAAUGA